AUGUAUUUUAUAUAUAUGUAUGUAUAUUAUAACUUUUUUCUUGUUUUCUUGUUUAAGAAUUAUGCUUUCUCUACUAAUAAAAAUUCUGUAUAUGAUAAGCUUGAUAAUAGCCAGAAAUUUCAGGGUAAGAUAAAUCAACUUGGAGGUAUGUUCGUGAAUGGCCGACCGCUCCCUAUGCCUAUCCGAAUGCGGAUUGUUGACAUGCAUGCACAAGGCAUUAAGGCUUGUGAUAUUAGCCGAAAAUUAAAGGUUUCGCAUGGUGCAGUGUCAAAAAUCCUUGCAAAGUUCGUUGAAACAGGAUCUAUAGAACCAGGCCAGAUUGGUGGAAAUCCACGAUCACGGGGAACUAUUCAACAUGUUCAGUUAGCAGUUCGUCAACUUUAUUUACAACGACCAGAACUAUUAGCAGAUGAGAUUCGCUCGCUUCUCGUUGAACGAAAAAUAUGUUCACGAAAGAAUUUACCGACAAUAAUAUCGCCAGCAUCACUAGUUUUUUUGGACAGAUUUAUCCUGCGGGGAAUCGAACCCCAGCAUCGACGCUUUCAAUCGAGCAACAACCCGCUGAGCCAUACUAUUCUCACAGUUUAA